AUGAAUUUCGACGCGUGCUCGCAGAACCUCCCAGGCGGCCUUUCCUUCGAUAUCCGCCACUCCUACCCCACUCUCCAACCGUGCCCUACUCUUCAAGCUUUCCCUAACCUUCAAGCGUGCCCCACCCUUCAGACCCCGCACGCGGCUCCCUUCCUUGGCGGAAAUCCGUACUCCCUCGCGUUUAACGUGCAGUCCGCGUCGUCUUUCCAGUCCCACAACGCCGCGCCGUUUCUGUCCGAAAACCAGCUCGAGUUUCCCGUUUCCAGCGCGCGCCAAUGCGGACGGAUUCCGUUAGAGCCGCCAGUAACAGAGAACAAUAACAGCAGCAACAGCAACCAUGAUAACACUGAUAACUACGGCGAGAACACAUCCAGCCCUCCGUCUAGAGGCGCGUUCGACCUCCAAACCCCCAACAUGAACUUCGACGCUCCGUGCGACGCGCCGUGCGACGCUGCGACGCGCAUGAUCCGGCUGCCGUACGACCUGCAUCCGCCGGACAUCAACCUGCCUCUCCCCCUCCCCAUGUCCAUGUCCAUGUCCAUGUGCCUCGACCUCGAUCUCGACGCCGCCUCCCCCGCGCACCACCCCGUUGCUGUCUCCCUCCCCGCCAAUGCCGCGCAUCCCGCUGGUGCCGCUCGUCCCGCUCAUCCCACUGAUGACGCUGACGUGGCUGCAGCGGCGGCCGCGAAUUCUCCUGCUCCUGCUGCUGCGGCUGACGCUGUUGCUGCUGCUGGUGUUGCAGCUGGAAUCAAUGGCGCGGUUGGUGGGGAGAGCGGCGUUGGUGGGGAUGCGCGGGACUUCGGGAGUGGUGGGAGGGGGAAUAGCAGCAACAACGUGGGUGGCGCAGAGGGGGAGCAGCGCGGGAUGGAAGAGCGCGAUAGGGCUGGCGAGCUUGGCGGAAACGGCGAGCUGGCGAUUCUGAGGGCUUUCCAGCAGGGCGCGGGAGGGGAGAACGCGGAGAGUGGGUCCGCGGAGGGCGCAGGGGGGGAGGAAGGGGAGAACAGGCGGGAGCAGCAGGCGGAGCAAGGAUUAUCAGAGGAGGGGGGCGGGCAAGAAGCAGGCGCUGAUGCUGGCGGGGAUACUGGCGGAGAUGGUGGGGGAGAUGGGGGCGGGGAUGUUGGCGGAAUGGCCCUCUGGUGGGAUGUAGGUCCGGCGCCGAACCUGGACAUUGAGAUAGCUCCGGUUGGUGCCCCGGCAACCCGGUUUGCACCGAGGCUGAUCUUCAGCCUUGACAGCCACCCACCGUCCACCGCUGCUACUGCUCCUGCCCCUCCUGCUGCACUGAAUGCAAACACCAGAGGAGCUAUAGCCUCCAGGCCCACUGUACCCUCCAGAUUUGGUGGUUUCAGGGAGAGUGGGUCGGCCACAGGAGCUGGUGCGGGAGUGGAGGCUUCAUGUGCCUGCAUGCCCGCCCUACUGCCUCCCUCCCUCCAUCCUUCUCACCCCCCACCGCCCACACCCCUACGCCUGACCACUUUCCACCACCAGCGUGGAGAGGAGGCGUUUAUGGUGCAACACGAUGUGGAGAAUGCGUGCAUGUGGGCGCUCAGUCGGGGCGAGGAGGCGUUUAUGGUGCAACACGAUGUGGAGAAUGCGUACAUGUGGGCUCUCAGUGUGCGGCCAGAGCAAGUGGAGGAGAGGCGUUAUUGUGCGGCCAGAGCAAGUGGAGGAGAGGCGUUAUGUGCUUGCAUGCCUGCCCUACUCCCUCUCCCCCUUCACCCAUACCCACCCAACCAGCGGGGCGAAGAGGCGUUUAUGGUGCAGCACGAUGUGGAGAAUGCGUACAUGUGGGCGCUCAGUGUGCGGCCAGAGCAUGCGCUGGGCAAGAUGCAGCUGCGCUCCUUCAUCAACGGCAACUCCAGGGUGGACGAGCCGUGCUUCCCCUUCCCUGAGAAGGCUGGCUUCGCGCGAUCACACCGCCUGCAGCGGCGGCGCUACAAGGGGCUGGCCAACCCCCUCUGCAUCCACGGCAUUGCACCCGUCCCCGCCCCUGACCUCUCUGCCGUGUCCCCCCACUCGCGCAUGCGCUGGGAGGAGAUUACUGGUGAGUUGGUGGCUGUCAGGUGUCGCACACAGGGUGAAACGUCUUAA